GUUGGUGCCUGACCUCAUCGUCGUCCUGCUUCCUGACAUGGCGGACGGCCCCGCGGGCGUCUUUCGCAUGGCGCGUGCGCGGCGUGUGCUGCGGCUCUUCCGCUUUGUGCAAAUUGUGAGAUUGUGGAAGACGCUUCAAGCAUUCAUGUCUUCUUUGGAGAAGCUCGGCCUGCCUCAGACAGAGGCAACAUAA